AUGACCGGAGAGCCUAAAACUAUUUCUGACCCAACGGAGGCCUUUGAGCUAAUCACCAAAAACUUGCAGGAGGUUUUGAACCCUCAAAUCAUCAAAGAUGUGCUCGAGGUGCAAAAGAGACCUUUAAAAUUGUACUGGGGCACAGCACCCACCGGCCGUCCCCACUGUGGAUAUUUUGUUCCUAUGACCAAAUUGGCCCAUUUUCUAAAAGCCGGAUGUGAAGUCGUAGUGCUUUUGGCUGACUUGCACGCCUUUUUGGACAACAUGAAGGCUCCUCUGGAGGUCGUGCAGUACAGAGCCAAAUACUACGAACUUGUUAUAAAGUCCUUGCUGCGCAGCAUCAAUGUUCCCAUUGAAAGGCUGAAGUUUGUCGUCGGAAGUUCAUACCAACUCUCGGCUGAGUACACGAUGGACAUCUUCAAGCUCUCAAACUCUGUAUCCCAAAAUGACGCUAAGAGGGCUGGCGCAGACGUGGUCAAGCAAGUGGCAAACCCUUUGCUAAGUGGUUUGAUCUACCCUCUGAUGCAAGCAUUGGAUGAGGAACACCUCGACGUAGAUGCCCAGUUUGGUGGAGUGGAUCAGAGAAAGAUCUUCGUUCUUGCAGAAGAAAACCUACCAUCUUUGGGCUACAAGAAGCGUGCCCAUUUAAUGAAUCCGAUGGUUCCAGGUCUUGCCCAAGGUGGUAAAAUGUCAGCUUCAGACCCAAAUUCGAAGAUCGAUAUUCUAGAAGAGCCUAAACAAGUCAAGAAGAAGAUCAAUAGUGCUUUUUGCGCACCAGGAGUUGUGGAAGACAAUGGUCUCUUGUCUUUUGUUGAGUACGUUGUUGCCCCAAUCCAAGAGCUGAAGUUUGGUUCCGAUUACUUCAAAUUUGAUAUUGACCGCCCUGAAAAGUUUGGAGGUCCAAUUACCUACACAUCCUUCGCCGAACUGGUCCAAGAUUUCAAGGAUCAAAAAUUGGCUCCUCCAGAUUUGAAGACUGGAGUAGCUGAUAUCAUUAAUGAACUCUUAGCGCCAAUUCGGGAAGAUUUUGCUCAAAACUCUGCGUUCCAAGAAGCUCAAGUUAAGGGUUACCCAACCGUCGUCCAAGAGAAGACGAAGAAACAAAAGCAGCCAAAGGAUAAGGGAUCCCGCUACCCAGGUUCUCAAAAGAAUGCUCCUGAUGCAGUUUCCGACGUCACCGAAAAAUUGCAACAGAGCGAACUCCACAGUUCCUCCUAA